AUGUCGCACGAAUACCCCCAGCCCAAUGAACUGCCCCGGCUCAGGAUGGAUCAAGCACCUGGAACAUGGAACAAUUUUGACUUUACCGAAUUUUCUGACUUUUCAUUUACGAACGCAUCGGAUACCCAACAAAUGCCCGACGAACUGCUCUUGCAGCCACUCUUAGACCCCAGAAUCAGUUCUCCAGAUGAGAAUGCAGCACAAUACACUGCAUGGGAGUGGAACGGAAACGACCAGUGUUACCAACCAGAAGACAGCCCAACCCACCAAGACAACAGCAACUUUGAUCAUGCGCUGGCCGAAGGGACGGACGAAGACAUCAGGGUUGAUGCAGGUAGUGAGACUAUAAGCAUCGGCCGGGAGGUGCUUGAUCUUGUGCGCAGGGCUACUCAGUUUGAGGAGCAUGUCAAGCAGAGGCUAGCCAAGAUCGAAAAGACCGUCGAGCUUUGGGCAAACAGGAUGGAGGAAGACAAGGACAGGAUGUGUCAGGAGAUUGAUGCAAACAUCGAGAAGUUGAAGGCUUGGUCUACUGAAGUCGAGGCCGCUGUACAGGAAGCUCGUGUACGGAAUUAG